AUGAGGUGUUGUGUUUGCAGUUUGGAGUUCCAAAAUCCAUCCAAUUCUCUGAUUUUAUGUGGCAACUGCAAUACAAUUGUUCAUCAGGGAUGUUAUGGCGUACCGAAACUAACUGGUGUUAAUAACUGGUUUUGUAGGAAAUGCGAGUCGCAAGUUCGCAUGAGCAAAAUCCGUUGCGAUUUGUGCCCAAUUAAGGAUGGUGCAUUUAAACGCAGCAACGGCGUUCGAUGUGGUUGGGCCCAUAUCAUCUGUGCAAUAUACAUACCUGAAGUAUUUUUCACUGAUCUUAGCACCAUGGAGCUUAUAUCAGUUGAGAACGUGAUGCCUGAUAGGCUUGGCCGGUCGUGUAUAUUUUGCGAAAGAAAUCAACGAAGCUCUCUAGCGAACUACGGAGCUUGUAUCCAAUGUGCGUGGAAAAAUUGCCGUUUAUACUUCCAUGUUUCUUGUGCUAGUGCAGAAGGUUUACUUAGCGAGUUACCUGCAACGGAAGCGCAUACAUCUUUAUCAAUUGCCGAAAUAUUAUUCAAGACAACUGAUAAAAAUAAAACUUCGCUUAAUUUAUCAGAUGAUUCCACUGAAUUAUCUAAAGAAAUGAAUCAUAGUUGUGAACAACAAUCUUAUAGAUAUCAAUUAAAUGGUUUUUGUUGUUCGCAGCAUAAAAAGAAAUUCAUGUCUGAAGCUUCCAAUCUGAACUCGAUUCCUGCUAUUUCUCACGGCACUGAUGUUAACAAAGGAUGUAAGUCCCCUACGACUGAAUUGUCUUGUGAAGUGAAUAACCAACCUCCUAGACGCCGAUCUUCUCAGCUGCGUCUUUCUCAGCGACCAUGUACUUCAGAUCCAAACAGAGCAGAUGAGAUUAUUAACACUCAAGACGAUUUAAAGAGUGAUGGGAGGACUACGUCGGAAUGCAAAAGUGAAUUUAGUCAUCAAAGCUCUUCCACAGUACAGAAAGAUCAAAUUUAUAGUGAAACUCGCUCUCCUGGAUCUACAACAACCGACUGCCCAAAUGUUAAACGGAUCAAAAUAGAUGUAAACUUAAGUAAAGACAAAAUUGCUGAAGUUACUGAUACAGAACGAGUUCUUACAUCUCCGUCAUCAUCAGCAACAACAAACAAUCAAUCGGCUGUGAAUAGUACAAUUACAUCAUCCCAAAGUUCCGUUACUGAUUCCACUAUCCCUGUAACUUCUCAGGACAAUUUACCUCUAAUACUACCGCGUCGACCUUUAUCAUUACGGGGUUUAGGCAUUUCUUGUAAUUCGAAGAAUAGUUCAGUUUUAAAUAAUAUAGCUGGAAUGUAUGUUGACUCACCAUUGGCGCCUACAAAUAAAGUCUCAAUCUCAGCAAAAUCCGAUAAUUCAUUUCCACCUACAUUAGCUACAAUGCAUGAUUUGUUAGAAUGGCAAUGGGAUCAAGCUGGAGCUUUACUAAUGCAACAGGCAAAAAAUACAGAUGUUGUUACAUUAUUGGAUUGUUUGCAUCAAUUAAAAUGUGAAAAUGAUAUUCUUGAAGCUAAAUUAAUUCGUCUUACAACAAGACAUGAGCAUUUGAAAUCUGUGAAUGCUCGUUUGUCUGAUUCACUUGCUACAAUGGAAUCAACAAUGGUAAUGAACUCUCCAAAACAUGAAAUUUCCGAACAAAAUUCUACUGGAGUCAAUAAUCUUACAAAAAAGUCAAAUCACCAUUUCGCCCAUCCUUUGGAUACUAAUACUGCCAUUACUUCUAAUAUAACGACCACUACACAGAGUUCACAUAUAUCUACAAUCUUACAUUCUAUUGAUCAGGAAUCUCAUCAACUUCAGUUAUCCGAUAAUGUCACGAAAAAUUCUUCGAAUCAAUCUGUCACAUUGGUCAACAAUUACAAUGAUCCAUCUUUUGCAAAAUAUUCAACUAAUGGAAAUAGAAAAGUUCCAAUUCUACCGAAAGACUAUACUACAACUUGUUCCAAUUUAAAUUUAAAACAUGAUUCAACAAAUCUUAUGGAUAAUCUAGGAUCAUUUGAUAAAAUUCACUCAACCAAUUGUUUAAAUCAUACUCAACCAGUAUUUUGUACAUCAUUAGAUUAUUCGAAGUCUUCACAUGAAUCACAUUUAAGCUAUUCAAAUUUAAUAAAACAUCAACCGAAUACAUUUCUAAAUGAUUCUUUCACUCCACAUAAUAAUAAUAAUAAUCAAACUAGAUCAACCUUUGACUAUCUAUCCAGUUCAUGUUCUUCUACGUUACCGUCAACAAAUCCUACAUAUUUUACUAAAAGUGUUGAUCAUAAUGAUUUGCAGGAACUAAGCGCUCGUUUAAGUUCAGCGAUAGCUGCUCGACAACCUCAGUCAUCAAAAAGUACUAGUUCAUCUAUGCCUUCAUGUCCUGUGUUGCCUAAGAAUUCUGGUCAAAGCAAAAGAAACAGCAAAGUUGUUACAUCUGCUCAAUCAUCAUCGUCAAGUAAAUUACCGAUACCUCCGUUAAAUUCUGGUUCAUUGAUCAAUUGCAUUUCGAAAUUAGACACAUUAACUAGUUGUCAUAAUUUCUGUCCUACGAAUUCGAAUAACGUGCAACCUACAACAGCAUCUAAUAAUUCAACUAAAUCAUCAUAUUCCAGUGAUCAAGCUUCUAUACAAUCACAAAGUAACCCUUUAUCUUUUAUGAUAUUUACAUCACCAACAGUUUCGGAAAUACAUAAUCAUAAUAUUCCAUCUUCAACAAAUCAAACAAUUAUUACAUCUAAUGAAAUUCUCUCUAAUGAAUUGAAUACUUUUGAGCCAUCAAUAAUCGUAGCAACUAAUUCAAAUUCAGUUAGUCUAUCCAAUGAUUGUAAAACAAGUUUAACUCAGUGAAUUAUAAUUCAGUACGGACAAGGUUUUUUUUUAUAUAUUGUUUUAUUCUUAUUUAUAGUUGAUGUUCAAUUUCCAAGUUUACUUUUUUUCUUCUUCUCCUUCGUUUUCUAAAUGGAUGUAUGUUGUUGUUUGUUUAUUUAUUUAAAUUUUACUAGAGUCAUGUACACUUUUUA